AGUAAUCCGUGUACAGGCGCACGAGAGAUAGACCUACAAGAUAAACCUCUUUCAAAUGAAAUACUCAUUAUCUGGCAGGUCCAUCCUCGCUGUGUGAAGCAAAUAGAACUAGAAUGCUGAUAUUGAUAGUCAAAUGAGAAUAAUCUGAAGUGAAUCUGCCAGCCCAAUUUCUUGCAUUAUUGCUCGAGUACUAGCAACAUCCCAUGAGCCUCACGAUUAUCUUCAGAUCGGUUGCCCCUAAUGCUGCCAAAAGGUUCCCUCUUUUUGUUAGCUGUUCGCUCUUUCAGAAAUCGGGCAUAUUUCAAUCUUAUGACGCCGAAACUUUCCAACUGCAAAUCCACUUUACCAAAAACUACCCUUCAACAACGCAGAGUAAAUACAAUGUCGACUACCCCGGUAAACCCCCAGGGGUACAUCGGCCAGUCUGGUCGUAAUUACAAGAUCGAGGGUGUCCUUCGGAAGGAAACAUCUCCUCUACUCCAGGUUUACCUUGCAAGUGACGGCAACCAAAAGUUUAUACUGAAGUACAUUCAACCGGCUAAUCUCACAGACCUUCAAGGCAUCAAUAACCGCCUACUACGUAGUGGUGCUAGCCAUGUCCGUCUCGCACAAGACACCAUCCCUGAGAGAUCGAUAUUUGUUUUUGAGUACUUCGCAGAUCAUCUCUUACACCUUGCUCGGGAGGAUUUGCCCCUUGAUGUUAAAAAGAGGAUCCUCAAAGAUACCCUUCGAGGAAUUGCAGAACUCCAUGAUCAAGACAUUGUCCAUACAGAUAUCAAGGCGGAUAAUGUUUUCAUCGACUGGAAACGUGACCAGGAUGGGAUUACUAUCGAGCGUGUCCAUCUUGGGGAUCUUGAAGAUGCCGCCUAUAUUCCUCCUGGAUCACAUAUGAUUGGAAAACAGCCGGGCAACUGGAUGUGGAGGAGUCCUGAAGCCCACGCAGGAGGAUCUGUGAAUAAACCAUCUGACAUUUUCUCUUUUGCUCUUGUUUGCAUUUACGCGAUGCAUAAGCGCGUCAUCUUUGCCGUGGGGGAAGAUGAACUGGAAGAGGGCGUGGAGCGCUUGGCUAUUGUGAUUGAACGCCAACUCUCAUACUUUGCAGAUGAAGAUGGAUUGAAAGAGUUCUUGAAAUUGCUUGGAGACAGUCCCUGGGUUGACGUUUUUCAAGUAACUUGGAAUGGUUUUAGUGAAAACAACCCGCGCAGACCCUUUUCCCUUUGGGACGGUGUGGAUGAUGAUUUUAAAAGUCUUAUUUGUGGCAUGACCAAUUUUGAUGCGGAAAGGAGGAUCACAGCCCGCGAGGCAUUAGCACACAAGUGGUUCGAAGGUGUCUAAAGAUAGGAUGCGCAGCACAAGAUCUUUGAAAAAGAUUUCGCUUUGGCAAGGAGGCAUGGAGUAUCUUCAGUAAUAUAACUAGCUUUCCGCAAAACCGGAAGUACCGUUAGUAAGAACCCUAACUCGUGAUAGCUAGUUAGGUACCUAGCUAGGUUACGAAGAC